AUGGCGGGCGGCACGUGCUCGCUCUCGUGCCCACCCCGCCUCCCACCGCCCUCGUGCGCGGCAGCUGGCACCUGUCUCCUCGCCCGAAAUCCGCCCGCCAAGUGGCGCACAGCAAGAUCCCACGGAGAGGCGCGGCCGCUGAUUGGCCGUACCGGCCUCCCCUUCAAAUCACUGGCAGGAGCCGACUCCCCUGCGUACCAACAGAUCGUAAAGCCUGUCUUCACCUCCACAGCCUAUGGAACACAGGGACUGGAACAUCCAGUGACAGAUGUGAAAGAGAAUGCAGACCAUAACUUGGGUAGCAGCUAUAAAACGUUCAUUAAGAGGGGAGCUAAAGGUCUGGGUCUGGUGCUGAUUGAAAACGGAUCCUUCCUACAGAUUGUGAGAACUAUUGAGAGUGGUCCUGGAGACUCAGAGACAAACCUGAAACCAGGGGACAUCUUGGUUAAAAUCGGAAACAUGAACGUGCUGGGUUACAAACUGCGUGAGCUCCGUCAGCUGGUGGGAAGAAUUCCAGUCGGAGUUCAAUUGCAAGUGGUUGUAUACAGGAAUUACAAGGAGAUCCCAGACAGCUGGAAAUCCAAGGCAGGAGCUGACAGUGUUCGCUUCAGCAGCGAGGAAGAAGAGUCUGGCGUAUCGAGCAGCAGUGAUGACAAUGAUGGUGGUGAUGAUCAAACUUUUAGGGUAAGGUUCAACAACUUUAGGCCCCUGUCUUUAUUUUGGCAUGACCCUGGCGUCUCCAUCCCACCCGUUUCCAGAAUGUGGCAUAGCUCAGAGAAGGACAGGAACAUACUGCUCAUUGGUUCCCACGCCGGCUGCGACAUCGUCCUCCACCGCCAGUUUGAGGAUGGCCACGAGGUGGAGGACAGCAAGGAAGAGGCCACAUCACCCUAUGCUCUCUGGUCUGCACAAUCGGAUGCCAUGAGCUCCACCUCAUCCUCCUCCUCGUCUGUAGACUUGCAGUGGAUCAAGCAGUUACAGGCCUCAGGCCAGGCCCUCGCCCCAGCCACCACCCAGCAUGAGAAGACUGUGGAUGAGCCAGCCCCUGCCGCCCCCAGCACAGCAGAAACCCCACCAGGCAAGGAAGAAGAACAGAGUGGCCGCUCCACUGACACCCGCACAUCGUCCAGCAUGGAAUCCUCACCGCUGUAUCCCCAGAGCAGUUCCUCAGACACCUCCACUCAAUUCACGGGCAGAAGCUCAACCAUCACCACCUCCGAGGACUUCACAGGGGAUUCUUCCAGAUUGGACGUGACUCUCGAAGGUGACCGCUGGGUACCCAAGGAGUCUCCAGCAAAAUGCAUCACUGAACCACUCAACCCACAGCAGAAAACCCCGCCAGCUGCCUGUGGGACCAGGGACCAGUUUAAGGCAGCAUUCUUCUACAAAAAGAACUACACAUAA